AGGUAUAACCAGUUACAGAAAUAAAACCAGAUCGUCGUGGCAUGUGAAGUGUGUUAAAAACGAUUCUUAAAAUCUGUGGAAGUUGGAGUUCUUUCAUGUUACCACCUCAUCUUUCCUCUUGAGUGCUUGAUAUGAUUACGUGCUGAUCGCAGGGUUAUUGAAAAAAAGGGACCAAUCGAAGCAAGCAUAACUAAUUUUAACCAACGACACUUGGUUGUAAGUUGUGUUUUGUCUGAAAUUUGCUGCUUGUGUCACCGGUAAAUUUGGCCAGAAAUUGUUGCCUGUGGCUGCCGAAUGAAAUAAAUACGGGCAGAGAGAAGACAAUUCGAAUCUAGAGUUGAAAUUUCAAGGAAUUAACGCUAUCUGCUAGACUGCUACUUUCGAAACGAAGAAAUAGGAAUAUUACGGCUGUGAAAUCAAGCGACCUUCCCUCGUUUGUAAGUACGAGAUGGUAAACAUAUCGCUUUCAUCUACUGACCCUUCAUCUAGUUAAAUGUCUUAUUUCAUGUACCUUGAGUGGGUAUGGCUAGAUAUCAAAGCUUUCCGUGGGUAGCUAGCCAAAUUGACAGGAAAUAUUCAACUGGAAAUCCAAAUAUAUGCAACCGACUUCGUGGCCGAAGCCCUUCGUCUUCAAGGUUGUUAAUUGCCUGCCUUUGACAGUUAACAUCUUCUCAACUGUAAGGAUUAUCCGCAGCUGAGGGAAACAAGUAAGAUAAGGUAUGCAACGCGAAGAAAAACAAAACACCGAGCGUUCUCACGAGGAUGAAGCCGAAAAAAUACGGAGCAAUCCAAGCUUGGUAGAGGAGUGCAAACUGACUAGAGAGAGUGAGCCUCGAUAUGAAACUGAGAUCGAAAACGUCGAUGAAAGAUACGAUGUGUUCCAAGAAUUUAUGCCAACCGCCUUCUUUUUCUUUCACCGCGAAAGACGUCCAAGGCGAUGGUUCAUUCGCCUCGUUACAUGGCCUUAUUUUGAGCGUUUGAGUAUCUUAGUGAUUCUUGUUAACUGCGUCACACUUGGAUUGUACGAUCCUUUUGAUCCGGAAUGUCAAACACAAAGAUGUCAGACACUGGAUGCCAUGGAAAAAGUUAUUUACACAUUCUUCUUGGUGGAAAUGUUAUGCAAGUGGAUGGCCAUGGGACUGUUUGGGAAACUGGCGUAUUUCGGCGAUGCAUGGAAUCGUCUAGAUUGCUUUAUUGUAGCUGCAGGAACGUUCGAAUUGCUUUACAACAAAGGAGAAUACCUGAGUGCUGUUCGUGCCAUUCGUGUUCUCAGACCCCUCCGCGCCAUCAACAGAGUACCAAGUAUCAGAAUUCUUGUGACGUUAUUAUUAGACACCUUACCAAUGCUAUGGAAUGUCCUGGCCAUUUGUUUCUUUAUAUUUGCCAUAUUUGGUAUCGUUGCUGUUCAGUUAUGGAGAGGCGCCUUAAGAGGAAGAUGCUUCCUUGAUUUGCCACAAGGCGUCACAGAAGAUAGUUACAAUUUAACAGAUUUCUACAUACCUUCGUUCGACAACCCUGAUUUUGUAUGUGCCGUGAAUGGGGUACCAGGAAUGCAGACAUGUAUCAGUGAGUUUAUCCCAGCCUUGAAGAAUGAAAACAGAGAAUGUACACUUACCUAUGAAGGAUAUAUCAAUCAAUCGAGAAGAUCAAAUAAUUCAAAUAACUGCAUAAACUGGAAUCAAUAUUACACAGUCUGCCGGAAGGAGGGUGAUAACCCUUCAUGGGGAGCCAUUGGGUUUGAUAAUAUUUUUAUUGCCUGGGUGGCCAUAUUUCAGGUAAUUACACUGGAAGGUUGGACAGAUAUCAUGUAUUAUGUGCAAGACGCCCAUGGAUUUUGGAAUUGGAUUUACUUUGUAAUUCUUAUCGUGAUUGCUUCAUAUUUUAUGACUAACUUAUGUCUAGUCGUCAUAACAACGCAAUUUCAAGAAACUAAACAACGCGAAAAUGAACUAUUACGCGAGAGUCGGCGGCGAGAGGGGACUAGCACUAGUACCAUAGCUAGCAGCCGAUACGGAAAAGAUGGCUGUUGGGUGGAAAUACUCAGAUAUGUGGAGCAUUUAAUCAGAAGAUUUAAACGAAGACUUUAUAGGCGAUUUAAUUGGAAAUAUUGCGAUACUGGAGGUAAAAGGAAAAAAGGUUCAAAACACAGGAAACGGAGACGAAGAAAGAAAAAACUUGUCUAUCAUCAUCACCAUCAUCACCACCAUCAUCACCAUUAUCAUCAUCACGUGCACUGCACUGAUCCCGACUGUCCAUGUAGUAAAGUGGCGCCGCAGUUUCCGGUUCAUCCCGGAAGUGCCGACGUCACACCAAACACGUCUACAGUAGAUAUUCAGCCGAUUCAAUCGAAACACUUUCAACCAUCUGCUAAUACUUUAACGGUGCCAGGACAAGUUCCUGGUAACGGGACAUCGGGACGAGAAAAUGACAACGGGAAAGGAACGAUACCAACCAUUUCGAUUAUAACUGGGUCGUCCUGUUCUGUUCGCAAAGAACCGUCUUCGUCCACACAUGGAGGUGAAAUGAUCACAACAGCAACUGCUGCGGUAGCUAUCAAUGGAAAAUCUGCUGUGGCUGACAUGGCAACCCACACUUUCUUGUCAGCAGCCUCGCUCUCAAGCGCAGCCGCAACUGCUACAGCCAGUGCAGCUGCAGCGUCAGUAAUACAUAAUGUUUGCUCAUGCGCGGUAGAACACGUGGAGGAGGAUAUCAAAGUAGAUUAUGAAUCUGAGUGUGUUUAUGAAGAAGAUGGUGGUAGUGAGAGCGAAUUUACUGACGAUGAGGUUGAUGAGGAAGAGGAUGGAAAGGACACAGCAUGCUCUCGACUGCGUCAAGUGUGUCGAAGAAGCGUGGACAGCAAAUGGUUUAUGUAUAUCAUUAUGGCGGCUAUCUUCUUGAAUACUCUCAGCAUGGGUAUUGAGUACCAUGGGCAGCCUUCAAAGAUGACAGAGGUGCUUGAAAUUUUGAAUUACAUCUUCACGGCCAUAUUUGGUAUUGAAAUGGUGCUAAAGUUGAUAGGCAUGGGUCCCUAUGGUUACAUCAAAGAUCCUUUCAACAUAUUUGACGGGUUUAUCGUUAUCAUGAGCAUAGUGGAGCUAUUUGGUGAUGGUAACAGCAGUAUAUCGGUUCUGCGAUCUUUCCGACUGCUGCGCAUAUUCAAGCUGGUCCGUUUCCUACCAGCCCUCAGGCGUCAGUUACUCGUGAUGAUCCAUACAAUGGACAACGUAAUGACUUUUCUGGCUCUAUUAAUUCUCUUCAUUUUCACGGCCAGUAUACUGGGUAUGAAUCUUUUCGGAGGCAAGUACAUGUUCCCGAAUGAAGAUGGGGAAAAAAGCGCAGCUCGCGCAAAUUUUGAUGACCUUUUUUGGGCGCUGGUGACUGUGUUUCAGGUUCUAACGCAAGAGGACUGGAACACAGUCAUGUAUGACGGCAUGAGAGCUACCUCUAAGUGGGCAGCUUUGUACUUUAUUCUUCUGAUGACCAUUGGUAACUACAUUCUCUUUAACUUACUGGUGGCUAUCCUGGUCGAAGGAUUUGCUAAUCAGCCGGAAAAGACUGGAAGCACAUGGAGUGUAAAAUCACGAGCCUCAAGUUCAAGAAACAACGGGGACUAUGACACUUGCAAGGAGUUAGUCUCGUAUCCUGUCAAUACCCCACGGGUUUGUGUAAGCCGCAUACCCUCUCACGAAGACACGUCACAUGGAAAUUAUAAUGAACCGGAUAAGCCAGUUCAGCAUAUGCGCUGCUCAUUUCCGUCUCUAUCGCCUAAAUGUUCACUCUUUAGAGAUGAGUGUCACGCCUCGGCCCCAACUUCCCCAGCCAGUACCUCGCCUCACGUGGCACGGAAGACCUUGUCAUUUGGUGAUACAACAACUAUGGUGAUUGCUAACCCCGCGCAUGCAGAGAGAUGCAUUACUUCAGAUGAUGAAAACGAGGCUAGCGCCAAAGAAGAUGACGAAUCAGUCGUUGCGAACGAGGGUGUCUCGAGAUGCUGUCCUAGAAGGAGAAACUGGUCUUUAUAUUUAUUUUCGCCGUCUAACAGGUUCCGCCAGUGGAACAUCGCCCUGUAUAAGAACAAGUGGUUUGAUCGGGUGAUAUUAUUCUUCAUCUUGUUAAAUUGUGUGGUUAUGGCUCUGGAAAAACCUAGCUUGAAAAGUGACGACAAGCUGAAGAAGGCAAUUGACAUCUGUAUGUACAUUUUCCUUGGAAUCUUUACUCUAGAGAUGAUGGUCAAGGUUAUAGCUCUCGGUUUCUGUAUUGGUCCGGAUACGUACAUGCGCAAUUCUUGGAAUGUGAUGGAUGGCUUCUUAGUACUUGUGUCCUGGAUAGACGUCAUCGUUUCCCAGACAACUAAAACUGAAAGUUCCAUUCUAGGAGUGUUACGAGUAUUUCGAGCGCUCAGAACACUGCGACCAUUGAGGGUGAUAAGCAGAGCACCUGGUCUCAAGAUUGUGGUGGAGACGCUAAUCUCUUCCCUAAAACCGAUUGGAAACAUUGUGCUUAUCGCUGCGACAUUUUUUAUCAUAUUCGGCAUCCUUGGUGUACAGCUUUUCAAGGGAAAGUUCUAUCAUUGUAAAGACAGUGAUUACCCCACAGUGGUCACAAAAGACGACUGUCAGCAACAAGGACUCACCUGGGAAAACAAGGAAUACAACUUUGAUAACUUGGCGAGGGCGCUUUUGACUUUGUUCGUAUUUUCCACUAAAGACGGCUGGGUGACCAUAAUGUAUGAUGGGAUAGAUGCUGAAGGUGUUGACAAACAGCCAAUUCCAAACAGGAACAAAUGGAACGUUUUAUAUUUUGUGGCGUUUCUCUUAUUGGCGGGGUUUGUGGUGCUGAACAUGUUGGUUGGUGUGGUUGUGGAAAACUUUCAGAAGUGUCGCGACAUGAUAGAAAAAGAUCGCCUGGCUGAGAAAGAAAAAAAGAGGGCAGAGAAACUUCAGUCUGAGGCUGACAGGGAUGAGGCGGACGAUUUUCCACAACCUCGAAGGUUUUUUCACCGAAUUUGCACUCAUGGCUACUUUGACCUUGGUAUCUCGGCUGUUAUAUUCCUGAAUGUUAUUUGUAUGGCUAUGGAGCAUUACAAUCAACCCGAAGAAAUGACAUUGUUUCUUCGAUACGCAAAUUACGUAUUCACAGCCAUUUUCAUCGUGGAAGGCGUUGUGAAGAUUUACGCUCUAGGAUUCAAAAAGUACAUCAAAGAAAGAUGGAACCAAUUGGACUUGCUUAUCAUUCUGUUAUCAAUUGUCGGAAUUGUCCUGGAAGAAAUGAAAUCUAAGCUGCCAAUCAACCCGACUAUCAUCCGAGUUAUGAGAGUGCUUAGAAUUGCACGGGUUCUGAAGCUACUGAAGACUGCUGAAGGAAUCCGAAAACUGCUGGAUACAGUCGCCGAGGCCCUACCGCAAGUUGGCAACCUCGGUCUUCUCUUCCUUCUAAUGUUUUUCAUCUUUGCUGCUUUGGGAAUGGAGCUGUUUGGUCAAGUGGUAUGCACGGACGAAGUACCAUGUGAGGGACUGGAUCAUCACGCUCACUUCAAGGAUUUUGGAUUUUCAAUGUUGACAUUGUUCCGAGUGUCAACUGGAGACAACUGGAAUGGAAUUCUGAAGGAUAUAAUUAACAAGAAGCGUUGUGAACUGAAUCCCACUCCAGGCUGCGCUGCACUGGAACACAUCGCUCCCAUCUAUUUCGCUAUAUUCGUCCUAGCGACACAGUUCGUUCUUCUGAACGUAGUGGUAGCCGUCCUGAUGAAGCACUUGGAGGAUGCCAAGGAGGAAAGUUCUACAGCGUCUAAAGAAGGGUCAGAUGAUGUGUCGGCAAUGCAAGUGGAUGGAGUCUCGGAUCCCAAACAUAUUCAGGGAGAAUCUUCUAUAGAUCACGAGUAUCGCAUGGUUCCUUCCAGUACGAAAGGAAAAACAGAAUCGAACAAUAACCCUAUGGUUGUAGUUCCAGUCGUUGGCUUUGUAAGGCAGUCGAAUGGCUCUGAUAGCAGCUUAAGUUCCUUUGGCCAUGUUCAACCUGAAGGUGGAAGCAGUCAUUGGCUUCCAGCGAUCGAUCAAACAAAACCUGAGCAUAACAAGAGCCUCGCUUCAAUACGACUCCCACCGAUCGGAAAGAAUUCGGAUAAACUCGAAGAUUCAUCGCUGUCUGAGCUGUCAAGCCCCGAGAACGACAAACCCAGCAAAAGGCUAGAUGGUCAGAUGUCUCCACGGGCUCCCAUCUACGUCAUGAGCGAGGACAGCGACUUAUAUGAUAGUAACAUGGAGGUCGAUCACGAUCACAGCAAAGUGUUUAAACCGGUUGAAAGAUUCGCCAAAUCAAAAGGAUCUGUUCGUUCACCUUCAUCUCAAUCAAGCAGUGAGGACGAGGGAAAGAAUAACAAAUCACAAUUCAGAAAGCCUCACCACAAAUCAGAAUCCCCAAGAGGGAAGACUCGCAAAAAGCAACCUAAAACGUCCAUCGUGUCACCCAAACCAGAGAGUAAACCAGCAAAACCUGAUGCUCGGUGGGCAUCUCCAGUAUUAAAUGUGGAGAAAGGCACAGAAAUAAUCAAACUAGAUAGUCCUAAAAAAGACGAAAACCAGGGAACUGAUUAUCAAAUGCAAAGCUAUGUGUGAUAGACUUUCGUCAAACGAAAGAAACAUAAAUUGGACAGAGAAUGUAAUUUUAACUGACACACUAAAGGCAAAAAGAGUUGCCGGGUUUUCCCUCAUUAGUGAACUUCUUUACGCCCUUCUUUUGUUGCAGGACAACAGUUUGAAAACAUUGCAGCCAGAGCUAAACUUUCCUGCCGAAAGCUCUUGCAUUUGAGGACUUAUUCGCCCGUUUAAAUUGAGCGCAUUCUGAUGGCCGGUCUGAAUAAGCACUUCUAAACAUUCUCGAUUCAAGAGACAUAAAGUAAACAAUUAAAAUAAGUGUAGGUGUAGAAGUCUUAUUUUUGUAGCUGUUGACCGAUCGUUGCAAAUAAAAACAGCUCUCACAACGUGUAAAAAUAAAUAAAAAGUAGGCGAUUCCUGUCUCUUAACAGGACCGAGCAAGAUAUGCAAGGAAACAUAGAGAAGAAAGUCAUAGUUUGUCGAAAUUCUUUAAUCAAUGGUAUAUGGUUUUUAAGAACAGAAUAAAGCAAUUGAAAUGUUUUAGGUCACAA